GUCACCCAAAAUAAAAUCCCACCCCGUCCCAAAAAAAACCCAAAAAUCAUUGCAGUGACCUCGACAGUACCGUCAACCGUCGAGUGCAGAGAAGCGGUAAAGGUUGAGUAGAGGGGGAAGCGAAGCGAUGGAGAAGGUGUUCGCCGGGUUGAGACGGGGCCGCUUUCCUUGGAGCUGGGGGCCGUUUCGCGCGCCGCCCGUUUCGAACGUUUUUCAAAUCCAACGGCCCCAACAGACGCUGGCCGGCGGCGACGGCCCCGCGCCUGCGCGGUGGCUGUUGCGCGCCGGCCGCCGGCUCCCCUGCUUCCACUUGCUGUCGUCCGCCCGCCUUUCAGGGAUGUCCCGAGAGGAGUUUAACCCCUCCCGGCCCACCACCGACUGGAAAGUGGCGAAAAAGUACCUCGAGAAAAUUGAUCUCGCCAAGAGACGAAGUUACUACAAAACUGAAAACUUUGUUGUCCUUGAUGAGAUUAAAACCUGGAAGGAACUUGCUGAAGAAGAAAUGUUUACACAACCAUUUUCGCACUAUGGCAAGGACGAUGUUAUGAAUCAAAAGCUUUCAAUCUUGCAGGAGGACAUCACCAAGCUGGAAAUUAAUACAAUCGUCAAUGCAGCAAAUUCUUCACUGAUGGGAGGAGGCGGAGUGGACGGUGCUAUCCACGCAGGAGCUGGGCCUUUGCUGCAGAAGGAGUGCAGUACACUGGGAGGGUGCAACACUGGGGAUGCUAAAAUUACCAGUGGCUACUGCCUGCCUGCUAAGUAUGUCAUCCACACAGUGGGACCCAUCGUACAGGGGAAGGAGACGCUGCCAGAGAAAGCCCUCCAGAGUUGUUACAUAAAAAGCCUGAAACUAGCAGAGGACAACAACCUGCGAACCAUUGCUUUUCCCUGUAUCUCAACUGGAAUUUACGGCUAUCCCAAUGCACAAGCUGCAGAAACUGUCUUGAAGACUGUCAGAGAAUUUCUAGAAGAACACAAGAACUCGUUCGACCGCAUUAUAUUCUGCGUCUUUCUGGAUGUUGAUUACAACCUAUACAAGCAAAAGAUGCCAAUUUACUUCCCGUUCGAUGUUGUUCCUCCAGACUCUCUAAGGGGGAAGUCCAACACAACUGACAAAAAUUAAAACCAGACUGAGAAAAUGUUGAAACACAGAGACAAGCAAGGUGCCAAGUCCAAGAGCCUGCUUUAAGAAACAGCAUCAUUGAAGGAUGAAGCCCUUAUUACAAGAGGAACGCUGGAACUGAAGACGCUGCAAGAAAUAUAUUCCUCAUGGCUCCUGUUCUAAUUCAUUUCUGCCGAGGCCUGAUCUACAGCUGGAAAUUUGAUGUGGCAUGAAAAUUAUAUGCGACAAAGCAAUAAAUUCUGGAUUAUAUAGAACAUCCAUAA